GCCCACUGUGGGAGAAAUAAGGACUGCUUGACGUUCUUCUGCUCUAUUCCUGAACGUGACGAUUUGUCAUUGAUUUAUGUAUAGAGAUCUUGCACUGCGAAAGGUUCAUCAGAACAAAGACAUUUAUACAGAUUUGGAACAAUUCGAAGCAUACACAAAAAAGAAAAUAUGCUGAUAGCCUCAGCAUGGCCAACCUAAUUUCUAAUUUAUCUAAUGAAGAAAAACAGCAGCUCUGUGCUUUACUGGGUGAUGUUGAACUGUCUCUUCUCUACAAAGCUUCUGUUCAUGGAUAUGAUGCUUCAGCCUUCCAUCAGCGCUGUGACCAUCAGGGUCCAACCUUACUUGUAGCUUACAACUACUCAGGCUACGUCUUUGGAGGAUACACUAGUGCAGAUUAUACUCAAAGUGGAGGGUACAUUACUGAUGACAAGGCUUUCCUGUUCAACGUUCCUAAGCAUGGUGGGAACCCUAUAACCAUAAAAGUUAACAGUGGAUGUUACGCACGUGUUGAUGACUCCGGAGGGCCCAACUUUGGCCAACAGCUGUUCUUUUGCUAUAACAACCAACAAACUAUAUAUUAUCAAGCUUAUAAAAUAGGUAGGGGAUCUUACUCUUUCAGUUUGAAUACAUCUGUACUGUAUGGAAACGACACUGCACUGAGUGAAUGCGAGGUGUACAAAGUGACACAGAUUGUCUCUCAGGUCGAGGAAAAGCCAUGGAGGAAUGUUCUGUGGAAUGCUAAACAAAAACAAGAGCUUAUGAAAUGCAUCAAGGAUUAUAAACCCCUGGAGUCCUCAGUGAACCGGAUUCGAAUCCUCAUGAUCGGUCCUGUAGGUGCUGGAAAAUCCAGUUUCUUCAACUCCAUCAACUCCAUCUUCAUGGGUCGCAUGACCAGCAAAGCCAUGGCGGGAUCAUCAGGCACCAGUCUCACCACACAAUUUCGCACAUAUCCAGUGAAAGAUGGCCGUGAGGGAAAGCCAUUACCAUUUGUGUUGUGUGACACUAUGGGACUUGAGGAGCAGUCGGGUGCAGGUCUGGAUAUUGAAGACAUCAGCUGCAUUCUCCAAGGUCUCAUACCAGACCGAUAUCAAUUCAAUCCGGUCGCAGCAUUUCAUCCUAAUGAGCAAAAGGCGUCCAGAUCUGCAUCUCUACAGGAGAGGAUCCAUUGUGUGGUUUACAUCAUAGACGCCACCAAAGUCUCCCUCAUGUCAAGCAAACUGGAGGAAAAACUCGCUGGCAUACGCAAAAAAGUGAACUCACUUGGUGUUCCUCAGAUCGUCUUGAUGACUAAAGUAGAUGAGGCGUGUCCUCUGGUGGAGAAGGAUCUUCAAAAGGUUUACAUCAGUUCCUACAUUAAGACAAAGGUACAGGAGGUCAGCUCUCGGCUGGGUGUUCCUGUGUCUUGUGUGUUACCCGUGAAGAACUACAGUCAGGAGCUGGAGCUCAACCUCAGCUGUGAUGUUCUGCUUCUCACUGCUCUACAGCAGAUGCUUAACUAUGCUGAAGACUAUUUGGAUGAUGUUGGUGCCAUUUAGGGCAAACACAUUAAAUGUAUCUUGACGUUAUUGUUAAUUUGUCUGCAUUAUGAAAAAGCAUGUUUGCAUGUUUUGAGUAAGCUGAAAGUUUUUGAUUUUGUGCUUAAAAAGGAUUUGAAAAUUGAAAGAUGACGAAGAUCAUAUUCAGAAUAGUAAAAUAUAAUGCAUGAGCUUUUUUUUUAGAAAAUGAAAUUAAAAUCAACAUUUUAAAAACAAGGAAUAUAUACAAACAAAUACGUUUUCAUUUCUAUGUAAAAACAUAACACACUAAAUGCUGGGUUGUUUUGAUGCCUCUGUAAAAUAUUAUAGGUCAUAAAUUAACCUGUGCUGGGUGAGUUGUUUUAACCUGCCAAUCAAGAGAAAUAAUGUUGCAUAUCCAAUCAAGAGAAAUAAGUUUGCAUAUCUGCAAAUGCUUAAAUGUCAUUGUAUAGUUUCAUGAUCUUUCUCUUCAAGAUAACUGGCAUCCCUCCGUUCUAGUUUAUCUAACAAAAACUUUAUAAACACUUCAUGUUUAAAAUCUUCAACAAAAAACGUAAUCUCUAGAGUGAAAGAAGUGUCAUAUAAAAACUUUCGGGACGCCCAUUUCUCCUACCUCCAGCUAAGGUUAUCUGUGUCUCUAAUACAACACAUCCACCAUCAGUGAGGGAAACUGCUUGACGUCCAUUUGCUCUGUUCCUGUAUGUAAAAAAUAAGGCAUUUUAUUGAUUACUGCAUAGAGACUUGAAACACGGUGAAAGGUAAAACAGACUGUCGACAUAAAUACAGUAUGUAGUUAAACGUUCUAAUAAAAGUUUUUUAUGUGACUAUGAAAUUAUACACACAAUUGUAUUGUAAUCCUUUCAUUUUAAUUAUGACAAUUGCUAUUCUGAUUAAAAUUGUAAUGAGGUAAAUAAGUUAUAUUUUUAGUAACCGUUACUGUAAAU